AGAGCAAUGUCGGAUGCAAAAUCGGACAAAUUUUAUGGCGUGGCACAUGGAAGGAAACCUGGUGUUUAUGAGAACUGGUCGGAUGUUCAAGAACAAAUACAAGGAUUUCCUCAACCUGUUUAUAAAAAAUUCCACAGCAAAAAUGAAGCUGAGACGUAUGUGAAAGAACGUCAACCUGAACAAACUUUAAUGGAUGUUGACGAAUCAGCAGAUAAAUUCUAUGCAGUAGCGAGGGGAAAAGUUAACGGUAUAUUCACUAGCUAUGAAGAAGUGAAAAAACACAUUGCUAACUAUCCUCAGCCGAUGUAUAAAAAAUUCAACAACAUUGCUGAUGCAAAAUCCUAUUUUAAAAAAUACACCAAAGGAGAAGAUGACUCUGGUAAUUUUUCUAAGUUCUUUUUUAACAUCAGCCACUAUUUUUGCUUUGAAGCGAAAUCUGGUCAGAAAGCGACGAAGGCAAAGAAUGAAGGGAAAAAAAUAGAUGAUAAAGAAAAGGAGUGCAAUUCCGUUUUUUAUGCUGUAGCGAGAGGCCAUAAAAAAGGUGUUUUUUCAACGUGGGCGGAAUGUCAGGAACAAACAAAAGAUUUCAAGGGCGCUAAAUUUAAGAAAUUCGAUAAUGAAGAAGAUGCAAAAAUGUUUGCAGAGGGAAAAACUCUUAAACAGAUUGAAGAUCGCAAAAGAAAACAUGAAAAAGCUAAUGGUGAUGAAGCAUGCGAAGCAGAAACAGCUAAACAGCAAAAAUUAAAAGAGUGA